GACACAGACUCUCAGGAGGGACGGUGCAGGCAGGCGCUCAGGGUGUCCUGUCUGAGAGGAGGAAGGCGAAGCUGCAUCCCCAACACAGGGCUGCAGAUAUGAAGUGUCCCCUGCUCCUGUCCCUUUUCCUGCUGGGCACCAUUUCUGCUCUUCAUCCGGGCAAGGAUGUCCCCCGUCAGGAGAGCCUGGAGCCUUGUGCCAGCCUGAGUCAGGACCUGCCAGGUUCAGGGGAGCAGCAGGGAGAGUUGGCCCUGCCUGAUGAGAUGACCCAGUCAGAGGGGGAGAACAGCCAAGACACUUUGGAAGAUGAAGAAGACAUGGAUUCGGACCCAGGAGAGGACUUGCAGUGCCCCGGCGAAGAGGAAACUGUUCAGCUGCAGGGCAGUCCUGGGGCCAAGACCUAUCGUUAUGUGCUGGUGCUGAGACCCAGGAGGUUCAGAGGAGCUCAGAAUGUCUGCCGGCGCUGCUACAGGGGCAACCUUGUCUCCAUCCACAACUACAGCUUCAACUACCGCCUGCAGGUCCUGUCCAGCCGGGUCAACCAAGCCCAGGUCUGGAUUGGAGGCGUCAUCAGGGGCUGGUUCCUGUGCAAGAGAUUCAGCUGGCUGGAUGGAAGCAGGUGGAAUUUUGCAUACUGGGCCUCUGGACAGCCCAGGGGUGGGAAAGGCAGCUGUGUAGCACUCUGCACCAGAGGGGGCCACUGGCGGCGGGCCCGGUGCAAAAAGCGCCUGUCUUUCAUCUGCGCCUACUGAGCCAGCAGCAUCCAGACCCUGCGCUCCUCCUCUCACCCGGUUCGAAGCCCUGGACACUGGGCCUCCUCCCGCAGCGUUUCCUGGUUAUAAAUCCGGAUUUUUCU